AUGGAGAUUUCUGCUGGCUUUUUGUCGGUCUUCACCAACGUGGGCGUCCGGAGCGAAGGCAUCGCCAUUGUCGGCUCCCUGGAGCCACAGAGCUUGCUUUCCCAAGAGCGCGCGACGUACCAAUGGCGGGCCAGGCCAGCACCAACGCCGGCGCCCGUUGCGCCCUCGCCUCCUGUGGCACCCGCGCCCGCGGCACCUCCCGUGGCGGCGGCGCCGCCAGCGGGGCAUGGGAAUGGCAACAUUGCUGAUUUCUUCCUGAACGACCGCAAGGUUGACAUCCGAGGGGAGGCUGGCCGAAGAGGCCUCAACGUGGUGACCGUAGACCCGGACACGCAGCAGGUCACGUCCAGGAAGACUUACGACGUCUGGGCAGACCCGCAGACGGAGAACACCCGGCUAGCCGGGGAUAUCAACAGCUUACCAGAUGGGCGGAUCGUGAUGGUCGCUUGCCGGGAUUCCGGGAUGGAAAACCUGGACGCCCGGGCCAUUGCCGCGCUCUGGAGCGCCGGCGCCACCAUCCCUGGUGGCAAAGAACGUGAGGGUUACGCCCUCAUCGGUGUGAAGGGCGGUCAAGCCCUGGCGGAGGAGCAGGGUGGUAGAGUGGAGGUGGAGGGCGAGCUGCCCUUCUUCGUGCGCCAUCCUCCUGCGUUGCCACCCAGCCCGCCCAAGCCGACAAUGCCAAUGGGGCAACCGCCGCAGCAGUUCAGCCCACCCACCUGGGCCCAGUCGCCAGCUGCACCAGCUGCGCCAGCUGCGCCGCCCGCACCAGUGCCUUCCACCUUCCCCACGGCUGCGCCGACCACAGGGCCAACGGCAAAGGUGAAGGUGCCCAAGCUUCAGGUCGACCCGCAAGGGGGCGUCACCUACGAGGACGAGACGGUGGAGCGUGAUGGGAAGCCGGAGGAGCAGGGCCAAAGCUGGGAAGAGGUCGUGCUCAUGUUGGACAAGCUGCAGGAGAAGAUCAAGGCCAAGCGCCUCGCUGGCCUGAGCUGA